ACUGUUACUAAAUUAACCCUAUAUAUAUACAUUUUGCCAAACUCCCAAAAUGCUUCAACAUGCACACAUACAACCCAAACCACUAAACAAUAAUCAAUUAACUUAUAUAUUGUCCCUUUGUUUAUAUUCUCUCUACUUAUCAAUGGCUUCAACUCUCCCAAAUGCAACUUACUUUGCACCACAAUCAAAUAAUGUUAACCCUAUGAAUUAUGGUCUCACAAUGUGGCUAGGUCAAGAGGAUUGUUUCUUUCCAUUUUCGACCGAUUUUGGAUGCGGUUUAGAUGAUAAUUUUAUUCUCUCUGAAAAUAUUACCAAUAAUAAUAAUAAUAGUGUUAGUGUUGAUUGUUCGUCGAACUCAAGUUCCUUGGUUGAUGUACACGGCUUCGGGAUGUCGGGUUUCGACUACUAUAGCGGCCAAAGCAAUGGGCAUUCGCCGGGGAGUACUUACGACGAUUUUGAUAGUAAUGGUUAUAGUAUGUUACCAACUUAUGUACCAAGCAGUACGAACCAUUAUGUUGCCACUCCUGAGUGUUGGGGAUAUGAAGGGCAGACGAAGACGACACAAGUAACAGAAUCAGAGAACAGUAGUAGCACUAAAGUGAGAAGAUAUUCUGCAGAAGAAAGAAAAGAUAGGAUUCUUCGCUAUCUUAACAAGAGAAAUCAAAGAAACUUCCGUAAAACUAUUAAGUAUGCCUGUCGUAAAACCUUAGCUGAUAGGAGGGUUCGAAUUCGUGGUCGGUUCGCUAAGAAUCAUGACGAUGAUCAAUCACCUUCUAAUUCUGAUCAUCCCAUCACCCACCAUGAUAACAACAACGUUGUUGCACUACCAUUUCCUAAUGCUCAUAUUAACAAGAUCGAACAGCGUGGUGAUUUCAACGACGAAUGGUUGCAAGAAGCAAUGUCAAACCUACUAUACGUCCCUUACCUCUCGAGUUGGCCUCCUGAUCGAACAACUUAUCGUUUUUAAGUGUUUAGGACUUCAUUAGGAAGAUAUUUAUAUAUUAUUUUGUAUCUUAUUAUUAUUAUUAUUAUUUAUGAUGGACUAUCA